CAAUGUUGAAAUCCUGCUAUAAACAGGUAGACCAACUUCUGGUUCAUCAGAAGGUGGAACUAAUGGAAGGUAAUGUUAAGCCAUUGAUUGCAUUUGAAAAAUACUUUUCUAAAUCUCUGCCAUGAACACAAUGCUUUCUCUCUCACACACAGUUCUCACAGGAUGGGAAACCAAUAAUCAAUAUGUGAUAAAAAACAGUUUAGGACAGCAGGUGCUUUUUGCAGCUGAGGAGAGCGAUUGUUGCUCACGUAUGAUCUGUGGACCAAUACGCUCCUUCACACUCCACAUUCAAGAUAACAUGGGACAGGAAGUGAUGACAUUAUCCCGCCCACUUAACUGUAGUAGCUGUUUCUUUCCCUGUUGUCUACAAGAGUUGGAGGUUCAGAGCCCUCCUGGCAGCCCUAUUGGUUAUGUGAUCCAAAGCUGGCAUCCUUUCCUGCCAAAGUUCAUCAUUCAAAAUGAGAGAAAAGAACCAGUUCUGAAGAUUGUGGGGCCGUUUUGCAACUGCAAAUGUUGUUCUGAUAUUAAUUUUGAGGUGAUGUCACUGGACGAGUCAUCAGUGAUUGGUCGGAUAAGCAAACAGUGGACAGGAUUUGAGGCAGAAAUGUUUUCCGAUGCAGAUAAUUUUGGACUACAAUUUCCAAUGGAUUUAGAUGUGAAAAUAAAGGCAGUUAUAUUAGGGGCCUGCUUUCUUAUUGAUUUCAUGUAUUUUGAACACACUCAAAAUCAAGAGUGAGAGCAGCC